UCAACGCAAGUCUGUUACUAGUCGUGCACAAGGCUGUUGGUGGCCUUUGGUGACUAUGUGGCCUUUGAUACUGAUCAUCUUCAUCUUACAUCUUGGGCCUUCCUUUCAGCAGUUUCCCCGGUUGUGCGCCACACAGGAGGCCCUGCGCUCAAAGGAGUGUUGCCCCGUCUGGGAGGGAGACGGCUCGGCUUGUGGAGCCAGCUCUGGCCGCGGGUUCUGUCAAGACGUUGAGGUCUCAGACCUGCCCAAUGGGCCGCAGUAUCCCUUCUCAGGGCUGGACGACAGGGAGAAGUGGCCUUUGGUCUUCUACAACCGGACCUGCCAGUGUGCAAGUAAUUUCAUGGGGUUUAAUUGCGGGGACUGCACGUUUGGUUAUUUUGGUGUUAAUUGCAACGAGAGAAGGGAGUCGCUAAGAAGGAACAUUUUUCAUCUGUCGGCGGCCGAGAAGCAGAAAUUAAUAUCUUAUCUUAACCUGGCCAAGAACACCAACAGUACGGAUUACGUGAUCCUCACGGGCACUUACCAAGACAUGGCCAACGGCUCUAACCCUAUGUUUGCCGACGUGUCGGUGUAUGAUGUGUUUGUGUGGAUGCAUUACUAUGUUUCGAGGAACAUGUUGAUGGGUCCUGGUAAUGUGUGGACCAAUGUAGAUUUUGCCCACUGGGCCCCUGGAUUUCUCCCUUGGCACCGUGUUUACCUGCUCCAUUGGGAGCACGACAUCAGGAAACUGACCGGAGACUCGAGUUUCUCUAUUCCGUACUGGGAUUGGAGAGAUGCGCGCGGCUGCGAUGUAUGCACCAAUGACUUGAUGGGCGACCGGAGUCCACGAGACCCAAACCUUCUUAGCCCAGCAUCUGUCUUCUCCUCCUGGAAGGUGUUGUGUUCUCGAGCAGCAGACUACAAUAGCAGGGGGGUGCUGUGUGACGGCACUGUGGAGGGGCCACUGCUUCGAAACCCUGGGAACCACAACCGAAACAUCGUCGAGCGUUUACCGACCACGGCAGAGGUGGAGUUCACGGUCAACCUACCAGAUUAUGACACGGGAGCAAUGGACCGCACCGCCAACAUGAGUUUCAGAAACACCCUGGAAGGUUUUGGGAACCCUCAGACAGGUGUGGCAGGCAGUGUUCGCAUGGGCAUGCAUGCUUCCCUCCAUGUCUUCAUGAACGGAUCCAUGUCUUCUGUGCAGGGCUCUGCCAAUGACCCCAUAUUCUUGCUGCACCAUGCUUUUGUAGACAGUAUCUAUGAGCGUUGGCUGAGGAGGCAUCGUCCAAAUCCGAUCCAUUACCCGGAGUUCAACACUCCGAUUGGCCACAACAGAGAGUACCACAUGGUACCCUUCCUGCCUCUCCACAGGAACAGAGACUUCUUCAUCUCCAGCAAGGACCUGGGCUACGAAUAUUCCUACCUGCUGGGUUCCAACCAGCGACUUGUGGAGUCCAUGGGCCCCUAUCUGGAGCAGGUUCGAGAAGCGUGGCCCUGGAUGUUUGGGGCUGGGCUUCUAGGGGCCCUUAUUGCCAUGACCGUGGCUGCGGUGACCUUGACUGCGGCUAGGUUAUGUCAUGGUUUGUUUAGGCAACGUGAAGGGAAGAGCUGGAGAAUGUUCCCCCUCCCUGAGAGACAACCCCUCAUCAUCAGCUCUGACUCAGAGAGUUCUACCUACCAAAAUUACAGGACUGCAAUGUGAAGACAACAGCACUCCAACUGUUGGUGGGAAACUUGGGGACACUCUUGGACACAAAGGUCCUUAACCACGGUACAUAUCACCCUCACCUCCUUACCAGCCCCAACUGAACAAAUUACGAUUUCCAGUGCUGCACUGUCAUUUCAAAUAGUCUGCAGUAUUAUUUCAACCACCACUUCAUUUUAUUA